CAGAAUUAUUAAGCAUUGUACAAUAAUUAAAUAAACCAGCAUUUUAUAUAUUCCUUGUCAGUCUGCUGGCUUCUCUUGAAAUUGUUGAAUGUUGGCGCCGUGCAUUAGAAAUGGCAGCUUACACCAAACUUUAAUCACCUUACUCGAUCACCCCUACUCAUUUCCAGUUCUCAAGCAAAUUCAUGCCUUUUUAAUAGUUUCUGGACUGGUAAAAAACCACCCUUUUGCCUCCAAAAUCUUUACUAUCUUUGCAGAUUCAGGCAAUGCGGACUACACUCACCGUUUAUUAUUACAUAAUCCCAGCCACUCUGUUGUUCAUUGGAACAGAGUUAUUAGGCUUUUCUGUAACACCCCAACUCCCAACAAUUCCAUCAAUGUUUUUGUUGAAAUGCAGCGAUUUGGGGUUGUCCCAGAUUACUUCACAUUCCCUUCUUUAGCCAAGGCCUCAUCACGUCUUACUUCGAGCAAACAUGGGACAUUAGUGCACUGCUUUGUGUUGAAGAGUGGGUAUGAGUUGGAUAUCUUCAUUCAGAAUUCUCUUAUUCAUAUGUAUGCUUCUCGUGGGGAGAUUUCAAAUGCCCGUAAGGUGUUCGAUGAGAUGCCUCAAAGGACGACUGUGACUUGGAAUUCAAUGUUGGAUGGGUAUGCUAAGUGUGGGGAUUUGGAAAGGGCACGAGAUGUGUUUGAGUCUAUGCCUGAUAAAAAUAUUGUGUCUUGGAGCUCUUUUAUUGAUGGGUGUGUUAAAAGUGGUGAGUACGGAGAAGCUAUGAAGGUGUUUGAGAGGAUGAAGGUAGCAGGGGAAACUAAGGCUAAUGAGGUGACUAUGGUGAGUGUUUUGGGUGCUUGUUCUCAUUUAGGUGCCCUUGAGCAGGGGAGAUCGAUGCAUCGUUACAUUAUAGAGCAUAAACUUCCCUUAAACCUUGUGUUGAUGACUUCUAUUGUGGACAUGUAUGCCAAAUGUGGAGCAAUAGAAGAGGCCUUAGUUGUGUUUAGUGGGAUACCAAAGGAUAAGACUGAUGUUUUGCUGUGGAAUUCUGUUAUAGGAGGCCUUGCAAGCCAUGGUUACGUGAAGGAGUCGCUUGAUUUAUUUGCGGAAAUGUCAAUGGUAGGAGUGACACCAGAUGAAAUAACUUAUUUGUGUCUCUUAUCUGCUUGUGCUCAUACAGGAUUGGUGAAAGAAGCUUGGGAUUUUCUUGAAUCUUUUGAGAGAAAUGGCAUGAAACCCAAGUCCGAGCAUUAUGCUUGUAUGAUAGAUGUUUUGGCAAGGGCCGGUCAAGUGGUUGAGGCUUAUGAUUUUAUGAACAAAAUGCCUUUUGAGCCAACCCCUGCAACGUUGGGUGCGCUCUUUAGUGGUUGUAUGAGCCAUGGAAGGUUAGACCUUGCAGAAAAACUAGGGAAGAAGCUAGUAGAAGUUGAUCCUCAUCAUGAUGGCAGAUAUGUGGGCUUGUCUAAUGUGUAUGCCGUGAUCAAGCGCUGGGAUGACGCAAAGAUGAUGAGGCAAGCUAUGGACAUCACAGGGGUGAAGAAGUUUCCUGGCUUCAGCUAUGUGGAAAUUUCAGGCAACAUUGAGAUGUUUAAAGCACACGAUAAAAGACAUCCAAAGUCGGUAGAAAUCUAUAUGAUGAAAAGGUGAAGAGAUGGACUGACCAAUUAUGUGGUUAGAGGAAGAAAAAGAGCGAUGACAGGCAGUAAGAGGAUCAAAGACAGAGACUUGAAACAUCAAGUUAAGUUGAUGAGCAAACACUAGAAAGUCACCCGCUUUUAAACCAUAGUGGCUACAGAAUUCAUUCCAACCUUCCUUAAAAGCGCGUCCGCCCUCGACUUUUACGAGCCAAUGGCGGUGAGGCUGAUAGUCUGUGGUUAGCACUACACUCUCUAUGGGCUUGUAACCCUUCAAUUCCUUCUCCAGAAAUGCCUUUGGGAUUGACUGCAUGCAAAUACAAAAUACAAAUACAAAAAUGGACAACAUAAUCAAAACAUGUUAUGUUAGUUGAAAUGGAAAGAGAGAU